UCCCCAGAGCUGCCUGAAUGUCCGUCUGCAUCCGGCCUCUUCAUUUAGAUGCUGUGCGCUGCCCCGGAGAGCCGGGCUGGGUGCAGCUGAGCCGCGGCCCAGCCCAGCCGAGACUCUCUGUCCCCCUCCUCCCCCCAUCCUCCUCCCCCCCCCGCCUCCCCCUCCUCCUCCCCCCGCAGCUCCUCUCGCCCUCCCCACCCCAAGGGCUCCCGCUCCGUUUGCUGCAUUCCCGGAGCAGCUGGCGGCUGCGGGCGGCCGGCGUGCGGGCGAGCCUGCCCCUGCCAGGCUGAGUGGGCAGUGCCGGGGCCACGGCGGCAGCGGCCAAAGAUGCGCCCCGCGCGGCCGCUCCCGCACUGAGUCUGAGGCCCACCUGCCGCCCCCGCCCGCCAUGUCGCAGAUGCUGCACAUCGAGAUCCCCAACUUCGGGAACACCGUGCUCGGCUGCCUCAACGAGCAGCGUCUGCUGGGCCUCUACUGCGAUGUGUCCAUCGUGGUCAAGGGCCAGGCCUUCAAGGCCCAUCGGGCCGUGCUGGCCGCCAGCAGCCUCUACUUCCGCGACCUGUUCAGCGGGAACAGCAAGAGCGCCUUCGAGCUGCCGGGCUCCGUGCCGCCCGCCUGCUUCCAGCAGAUCCUGUCCUUCUGCUACACGGGCAGGCUGACCAUGGCGGCCAGCGAGCAGCUCGUGGUCAUGUACACGGCCGGCUUCCUGCAGAUCCAGCACAUCGUGGAGCGCGGCACGGACCUCAUGUUCAAGGUGAGCUCACCCCACUGCGACUCGCAGACCGCUAUGAUCGAGGACACCAGCUCCGAGCCCCAGAGCCCCUGCAACCAGCUGCAGCCGGUCACCGCCGCGCCCCCCUACGUCGUGUCCCCCUCUGUGCCCAUCCCGCUGCUAACCCGCGUCAAGCACGAAGCCAUGGAGCUGCCGCUGGCUGCAGGCCCAGGCCUGGCCCCCAAGCGCCCGCUGGAGACGGGGACCCGGGACGGCGCGACAGUGGCGACGGGCCCCGCGGUGGCGGCAGGCACGGCCCCUCUCAAGCUGCCCCGGGUCUCCUACUACGGGGUGCCCAGCCUGGCUACCCUCAUCCCCAGCAUCCAGCAGGCGCAGUACUCCCAGGGGGAGCGGACCAGCCCGGGCGCCAGCAGCCUGCCCACCACCGACAGCCCCACCUCCUACCACAACGAGGAGGACGAGGAGGAUGACGAGGCCUACGACACCAUGGUGGAGGAGCAGUACGGCCAGAUGUACAUCAAGGCGACGGGCAGCUACGCAGUGCAAGAGAAGCCGGAGCCCGUGCCGCUGGAGAGCCGUUCCUGCGUCCUCAUCCGCCGCGACCUGGUGGCCCUGCCCGCCAGCCUCAUCAGCCAGAUCGGGUACCGCUGCCACCCCAAGCUCUACUCUGAGGGGGACCCCGGCGAGAAGCUGGAGCUGGUAGCAGGCUCUGGCGUCUACAUCACGCGCGGGCAGCUGAUGAACUGCCACCUCUGCGCAGGGGUGAAGCACAAGGUCCUGCUGCGGCGCCUCCUUGCCACCUUCUUCGACAGGAACACACUGGCCAACAGCUGUGGCACGGGCAUCCGCUCGUCCACCAGCGACCCGAGCCGCAAGCCGCUGGACAGCCGCGUCCUGAACGCUGUGAAAUUGUACUGUCAGAACUUCGCCCCCAGCUUCAAGGAGAGCGAGAUGAAUGUGAUCGCCGCGGACAUGUGCACCAACGCCCGCCGCGUCCGCAAGCGCUGGCUGCCCAAGAUCAAGUCCAUGCUGCCCGAGGGCGUGGAGAUGUACCGCACGGUCAUGGGCUCCUCGGCCGCCAGCGCACCCCUGGACCCCGAGUUCCCGCCCGCCACCGCACAGGUGUUUGAGCAGCGCAUCUACGCCGAGCGGCGGGGCGAUGCCGCCACCAUCGUGGCCCUGAGAACUGACGCUGUGAAUGUCGACCUGGCCGCCUCCACCAACCCCACCUUCGAGGCCGGCUCGGAGGCCGACGGGGCCGGCUCGGGCGUCCAGGAGGUGGCCGCGCCCGAGCCGCUGCCCGCCGAGGGCCAGAGCCCCCCGCAGCCCUUCGAGCAGGGCAGCGCCAGCAGCAGCCGGCCCGCGACGCCGGCCGCAGGGAGGAGACCGGAGGGCCCGUACGCAGGGACCUUGUAGGGGCCCGAGGCCUGACCGGGCGCCAAGGCGGGUACUGAAGCUGCUUGCAUGCGUUACUAAUACAGACAAAUGUGAUCAAGCCACUUACCUACUGAACUGCUACUGUUGCCUGAAAAAAAUGUGAUUUUUAUUCUGCUUGUAUUUAAAAUUCAUGAAGGAAACAAAUGCAUUCGUUAUACUGUAAACGAUUAGGCCCCUGGCGACCUAGUUGCGAGGAAGGUCCCUGGGCUCCUUUUUGAUAUUCGAGAGGUUAGUCUCCACGUUGUAGCUUUCCCUCCCCCUAUGCGGGGAGGGGGCGAGAGGCCACCAGACCCUGGUGCCCGGCCUCCUGCCCCCACGGCUCCCUCUGCCUGGGGCGAAGCUAGGGGCCUGUGGGGCAGGAGCACGUGUCUUGGGACCCUCGUUCCUUUCCCAUGGGAACCCCCCCCACUCCUCCGGGACCACGGGCCAGGGCUGGGCCCCCAGGGGCCAAACUCCUUGUUCUCCCUUCUUCCUGAGACUCGGGGCCCAGGCCCGCCGGGUCCACCGUGUGUGUGGGGUGUGGGUGUGUGUGCGGAGCGUGUGUGAGCGUACGCGGGGGCGGUGGUGACGACACAGUGAUGGGCCGUGCUGGUCACUGUGGGCAGUGGAAGCGAUCGUGGCUGCGUCUGCUCUCCUGCCCUGCGCCCGUGGGGUCUGCCCGACCCCUGCGGCUCCACAGACCCUCGGUCCACCUGGGACCCAGGGCCUGGGCCGCCGGCCCCAGCACCUGCUGGCUCCAGCCUGGCCACCCGCCCGGCCACCUGCCCACCAUCCUGUGAGGUGGGGCCUCUGCCCCGGGGCAGCCCACGCAGUCCGCAGCCACGUUGGGUUUUAUGUUUGUUUAUUUGUUUUCGUCUUAAUUCAGAUCUAUUUCAUGUAUGGUUUGGAAACUUUCAGACCCAAAAGAGCAAAAAAAUUUGGGAGGAUUGGGGUCCCUGCCCCAACCCACUACGGCUUGGGGGUGGGUCCACCUGGAUACCAUGUCCCCCUGCCCCCUGACCAGGUCCCACUCACCUCCUGUUGAAGUGCAGCCAGGGUGUGUUCCGGAGGAAGGGAGCCGGGGCCGGGCUGGGGCUGGAGCCAGGCUCCUCGGUGCUGGACUUCCCCGGAUGCACUCCGAGCCCUGCGGUAUGCGCGCCUCUGAGGCUGU